UACCUGACCCUCAUACCACUUAAGGUACUCUUCUCCUAAGACGGAUCUCUUUUGAGAUAGCUUCUGUAUCGAGUAUGUUGACCUUUUAAAAAGGGGUCUCACGUCUCAGUUGUCCCUUGUGCACUAUACACUUCGAACGGUAUCUCUACCCCCAGGAUCUCGAUACCGCCGAGCUUCAAGACGCUUUGCCUUAUCGGCGAGCACAUAAUGGACUCUCGAGAGGUUGACGACGUGCUGGGGCAAUGGUAUCUGGAGCAAACGGGACAGAAUGAACCUGACCGCCCCAGCUUGGACGGCCAUGACAACGACGACGCCGAAGACGAUCCUGAUUUUGAGGAUGUCCCGGACGACGAGGAAGAGGGUGACGAUGCUGCUGAGUACUACGACGCCGAAGAGGGAGACUACAACAUUCUCCCGCUCCAGGUGUUGAUCGGGGAACAUUUUGGCCAUCAGCAUGGAGCAGAGAGCGAAGACGAGCAUGACCUCGCUGACUUCGAUGGAAAUGAAGAGGAUCAAGUUGACGACGACGAGGAUGAAUACGACGACGAUGAUGAUGAUGAUGAUAAUGAAACAGCCGCUGUCGUGAAUAACAUUCUAGCUGGGGCUGGCGAUGGGUGGCUAUCUCGCGCACAGCUUCUGGCUCUACUGAGGAGCAAUAACUUAGGAGACGUGAUAUUCGAGGAUAGUCGCGGUGUGGCUUGGGGACGAAGGCGGCGGUCCCCGCCCGAUCCUGACCGCUUCCCCAAAGUCCCCAGCGAGAAGGGAACCGAGCUGAUGCACUCUGGCCUGUUUGGCGCCAACAACUUUCGGUUAGAGAAGAGGAAACAGCUGGCGCGGCGAAUGCUAGACAGGGAACUGGGCGUCUACUCGGGGGUAGACCGUCAACGGAACCAGGAUCUCAUGGCCCAGGAUAUGAUCCCCUCCAGUCACCCCGAGAUGAUCAUCCACUACGAAGAUCCCGUCUACUCGGGACAGUUUUCCGACGACGGCAAUUUCUUCUACUCCUGCGGUCACGAUUUCCAGGUCCGCAUGUACGACACCUCGAACCCUUACGAAUGGAAGUACUACAAGACGGUACACUAUCCCUUUGGCCAGUGGACUCUGACAGACGCAUCCUUGAGCCCCGACAACAAGUGGCUGGCCUACACCUCCAUUCAGAGCAACGUGUGUCUCGCUCCCACAGAUCCAAACGACACGGGAGACCCGUACACCCUCAACCUCUCAGACAGGGCUGCCAGAGGCCAAACGUUGGGUUGGCGCUCGUGGGACAACUUCGGCAUCUGGUCUGUUCGCUUCUCCGGCGAUGGCAGGGAACUGGUUGCUGGUACCAACACCCAUCGUAUCAUCGUGUAUGAUAUCGAGUCCCGGACGGUCUUGCACUCCGUGAACGGUCACUCAGACGACGUCAACGCCGUGUGCUUCGCCGACAAGUCAAGUCCCCAUAUCCUCUAUUCGGGCUCGGACGAUACCACGAUCAAGGUCUGGGAUCGCCGGAGCAUGGCAGACGGCCGGGAAGCAGGGGCUUUCAUUGGCCACGUAGAGGGAUUAACGUAUAUCGACAGCAAAGGAGACGGCCGGUAUAUCCUGAGCAACAGCAAGGACCAAACGAUGAAGCUGUGGGACCUGAGAAUGGUCAUGUCUCCCGACCGCUAUCGCGAGUUGAACCCCACGCAGUACACGGAGGACCGCGACUUCGACUAUAGGUGGGGUACCUAUCGCGACGAAGACUGGUCCCCGCACCCAUGCGGCGACAACUCGGUCGUCACCUUCCGCGGACACAAGGUCCUACGGACCCUGAUCCGGUGCCACUUUUCGCCGCCAUCGAGCACCAACUCGCGCUACGUGUACACAGGAAGCCAAGACGGGAAAGUCUGGGUGUACAACCUCGAUGCUACGGUGGCCGGGGUCAUCGACGUGAAAAAGGCCACCAAGAAUAGCCGGCGCCCGGUCCGCCGCGGACAUCCCAUGUACGUCGACGAUGACGAUCAUCCUGGUUGGAGGGCAUGCGUGCGCGAUGCCAGUUGGCACCCCAACGCGCCGCUCCUUGUUGCGUCUGCCUGGAACGGUUUGAACGCAACAUCCGGAACCUGCACACUGCACGCUUAUAACGAGGCGGGCGAGGACGAGGCGGAGCCUAGGAUGGGGAGAAGCGUGGACGAACAUUUAAAGCCGAAUCCUGACCUGUUCCGAGACGUAGUCAGGUAG